AUGUCUUCACAGAAACGAAAAAUAACGAACCAACAUCGAGUUUAUAAUGACCGUUGUGAAUCAGAAUAUUUAAUCUCAAACAAUAAUAAUAAUAAAAUUCAGUGCAUUGUUUGUAUGCAUGCACUAUCGGUUCCUAAAGAAUAUAAUAUGAAACGACAUUACACUACGUUAGACGAAACAAAACAGCAUCAACUGUCCUAUGAUACAUUGUAUUGUUCACCAAGAGAGCUUAUGUGGAAAAUCUUUACGUCAAAUAAAUGUCAUGAAAACAUGACAUCUCACCUUAACGAAUUGAAUUUGACACUACAAGGAAAACAGCAGAAUAUUGCCAACUUAUUUGGACACAUAAAUGGGUUUAAGAAUAAAAUUAAGCUUUUCAGGUCUUCAUUACAAAAAAAUGAUUUUUCAUUUUUUCCAAGUUGUAAUGAACAUUUCGAAGAAAUGAAGGAUUUUGAGGAAGUUUCAUAUACUAAGUGA